UUAUGCACUCCAAAUAACGCCCACUGUAAUAGCGCGUGUGUGAUAGGGGGUCGAUGGCGGGCAACAACGACAGUAAGGUGUAUGUGGGUAAUCUUCCCGCUGAUAUACGGGCCAGAGAUUUGGAAGACAUCUUCUACAAGUAUGGGAAGAUUGUGGACGUCGAUCUCCACGAUAGAAGAGGCCCUCCCUUCGCUUUCGUGGAAUUCGAGGACGCGAGGGAUGCGGAAGAUGCUGUUAGAGGCAGAGAUGGCUACGUGUUUGACGGCUACCGCAUUCGAGUCGAGUUCCCUCGCGCCUCUUCUCGCGGCGGCAGCAGCGGCGGCGGUGGCGGCGGCGGCGGCGGCGGCUCCUACAGGAGGCCUUCGGGAGGUUUCCGCCCUAGCAACAGACCGAGAGGCUACCAGUUGCUCGUGUCCGGCCUCCCACCCACUGGGUCCUGGCAGGAUCUGAAGGACCAUUUUCGUUCUGCUGGUGACGUGGUGUUUACUGACUCCUACAAUGACGGAACUGGGAUCGUAGAGUUUGCACGUCACGAGGACUUCAAGAGAGCUAUGAGGGACAUGGAUGACAGCAAGUUCAGGUCACAUGAGGGGGAGACUGCCUACAUCAGAGUCAAAGACCCAAAGGGUUCACGCAGUCCUAGUCCAUAUCGUCGCUCCAAGUCUCGAUCGAGGACUCGCUCUCGUUCUCGCUCCCGGUCUCGCUCCAGGUCCUAGGGUGGAGUGGAAUUUGACUGGAGAGCGAUUUGGUAGGCUCUUAAGAACAGAAAAUGACAAUUGAACUCCUUGCCUUACUGUUACUGUAAAUCCUUAUUUACCCUUUUGCUUUAAAACAUUUGACACUAUUCCAGAGCUGCCCUGGAGAGCCCAGGAGCACACACCGCUUGUCACACAUGGGAGUGGAUUGGAACGGAACGUCACAUGGAAGUAGGAGAGCACAUUAUCACAUGUGGAACGGAUGCAUCGCAUGGAAAUAGGAGAGCACAUUACCACAUGUGGAACGGAUGCAUCGCAUGGAAAAUAGGAGAGCACAUUACCACAUGUGGAACGGAUGCAUCGCAUGGAAAUAGGAGAGCACAUUACCACAUGUGGAACGGAUGCAUCGCAUGGAAAUAGGAGAGCACAUUACCACAUGUGGAACGGAUGGAAAUAGGAGAGCACAUUACCACAUGUGGAACGGAUGCAUCGCAUGGAAAUAGGAGAGCACAUUACCACAUGUGGAACGGAUGCAAAUAGGAGAGCACAUUACCACAUGUGGAACGGAUGCAUCGCAUGGAAAUAGGAGAGCACAUUACCACAUGUGGAACGGAUGGAAAUAGGAGAGCACAUUACCACAUGUGGAACGGAUGCAUCACAUGGAAAUAGGAGAGCACAGUACAACAAUAAUAAAUUAUGUGUAACGGGUGCAUUGUGUGGAGUAGGAAAGCACAUUACCACAUGUGCUGUGUACUUGCAAUGGAGCACACAUUCAAGAGGUGAUUGGACACAUCACAUGCCACGUGCUUGUGUGGAUUGUACAUGUACUGUGGCGCAGCUUCACUCAGAUAACCAGAAUACACCAC